GAACUCCUGAUGCUGCAGCACACCAAGAGAGUUUGGACAUGUUUCGCUCACAGCUUUGCUUAGUCUGAAGAUGUUGCAUCUCUUUCUAGCCCAGCUGCACAAAGCAAACCCCAAAAAGAUGAAUCAGCUUGAUGUUGAGGAGCUGAAAUGUCUGCAAGGAUUCCCGACAUUAACCAGAAACAACUGCUUCAGGAUGAAUCACAGGAAAACAUGUCUGUCUAAUGCACCUAAAAAUUGGCGAUACUUCCCUCAAAGAGAUGGAUGUGGCACCCAGGGCCCUGGCGCUCCUCUCCCCCCUGGUGCUCGCCCUGCUCAGCCUGUCGCCUGCACCCGCCUUGGGAGGAUGCCCGUCUGCUUGCCGGUGCUCUUUUGCCAUGCUGCAGUGCCUGGAGCCCAAUGGGAUAAGCAGCAUCCCGCCACUGGCGCUACAAGAGAGUGAGAACGUGACGGAAAUCUACAUUGAAAACCAAGCAGGUCUGGAGAACAUAACAGAGGCCAACCUUGCUAACUACAAAGAGCUGAAAAAUCUAACCGUCACAUCAUGUAAACUGAGGUUCAUUUCUGCGAACGCUUUCCAGAACAACCAGAAGCUGCAGUAUGUGAACUUGGCAUCGAACUUUCUGGAGCACAUCAGCUGGAGAGUGUUUCAUUUUCUGCCUCUGCUCAACCUGAUUUUAAGGGACAACCCUCUCAUCUGCUCAUGUGACCUCUUCUGGCUGCAGCAAUGGCAGAACGAGGAUCGUGGCGAUAUCGACAGCCAAAUGCUGUUUUGCUUGUCCAACGAUGAGGAAUUUCCCCUCAGCUCUUUGGUGAUCGAUAAUUGCAGUUUGCCUGAGGUGACCAUUAACCCACCACAACUGAAGACCAGAGAGGGAGGAAACCUCAUGUUCGAAUGCCAUGUGACGGGAAGUCCCACCCCCAAAGUGAUGUGGCAAACAAAAGAACUUGCAUCUAACUUUACUGUCCAGGAGAUAAUCACGGGCUCCACGUUAACUCUGGUGCUUCUUCUCACCAACGUCUCCUUCAAGGACAACAUGCACAACCUGACAUGUGAGGCUGAGAACCAAGCUGGGCCCAACGAGGGGAUGGUGCAAUUGGACAUUGAGUUUCCAGCCAAAAUCAUCUUCUUCAAGGACGCCGUGAAGCACCACAACUGGUGCUUCCCGUUCGUCGUGGACGGGAAUCCUGAACCGUACAUCUCCUGGUUCUUCAAUGGAGAACCGUACAAAAACAACAAAAACUUCAUCUUCAUACAGUUCAUCACGGACUCGAACGACGGGUCAGUGAAGCAUGGCUGCCUAACCUUAGACAAGCCGACCCACAUGAACAACGGAAACUACACUCUGGUUGCGGUGAACAAGCUCGGAGGGGAAAAUGCCACGGUUUUCGGGAUGUUUAUGGAAAAUCCUUUUGAUCAAGGUGAUCCAGAGGGGAUCAUUAUUGUCUCUAAUGGGUAUCCAAGUCCAUCAAACAAACCGGUUGUGGACAUUACAGAGAAUUCAGGGAGUCGGGUGUUUGUGGUCUCUGUUGCUGUGGGCCUCGCUGUCUUCACCUGCAUCUUUCUGCUCAUCACAGUUUUGAUCAUUAACAAGUGCGGUCAGCAAACCAAGUUUGGUAUUCACCGCUCAUCAGUUCUCGGUAAGGAGGAUGACCUGGCCGUCUCACUCCGCUUCAUGAAUUUCGGGACCAGCCCGCCUUCCUCCGACGAAGACUCUGGUUUAUCAAGUUUUGUGGAGAACCCACAGUACUUCUGUGGCAUCAUCAAGGACAAAGACAUGUGUGUGCAGCACAUUAAGCGGCAGGACAUUGUGUUGAAGUGGGAGCUAGGUGAAGGAGCGUUCGGCAAAGUCUACCUGGCAGAGUGUGCGAACCUCAGCCCCGACAGCGACAAGAUGCUGGUUGCCAUUAAGACUCUGAAGGAUGCCAACGAGUCGACGCGGCAGGACUUCCAGCGGGAGGCCGAGCUGCUGACGGUCCUGCAGCAUCAACACAUCGUGCGUUUCUACGGCGUGUGCACAGACGGCGAGCCGCUGGCCAUGGUGUUUGAGUACAUGAGACACGGAGACCUCAACCGCUUCCUUCGAGCUCACGGGCCGGACGCUCGGAUCCUGGAGGAGUCCAAGUUGCCCGCGCUGGGGCAGCUGACUCUGCCCCAGAUGCUGCAGAUCGCCGCCCAGAUCGCCUCAGGCAUGGUUUACCUGGCGUCGCUGCACUUCGUCCACCGUGACCUGGCCACACGCAACUGUCUGGUGGGAGAAGGCCUGGUGGUGAAAAUCGGAGACUUCGGUAUGUCCAGAGACAUCUACAGCACAGACUACUACCGGGUACGUGUCUGGAGGUCCACCAACAUUUUAGCUGGUUCUGUUUAUAUUUCUUCUGUGUGGUUAAGUGUUUUGUUGGAUGUGGCUCUGGUGACGGGCGUCUUCUGCUCACUUAAUCAGGCAAAGGUUAACGGCAGUAAAAAGAGUCUGGUGGAGAUCCUCCACAGCGCGCCGAUGUUACUUCCAUCCCAACAGGCCAUUGAAUGCAUCACGCAGGGCCGGGAGCUGGAGCGGCCCCGGACCUGCCCCAAGGAGGUGUACCAGCUGAUGCACGGCUGCUGGCAGAGGGAGCCCCAGCAGAGGAUGGUCAUCAAGGACAUCCACAGCCGCCUGCUGGAGCUGGUCAAGAACCCGCCCGUUUACCUGGACAUCCUGGGCUGACGCGGGCCAGACGCAGCCAGGGAGCAGAAAUCAAAGACUCAAAGAGUCGGGAUUUACGUAAACGGCUUAUGUUGCUUCAUUUAAGGCUUUAUUUUAAGUUUGGAGAUAAGCUUUUCUCCCCAUUUCUACUUGACUCAGAGUCCUGCUUUCUGCCCUGAGCUGCUCUGGAAAAAUGUCAAAUGUUUACCAAAGUGUUGAAAAGUUUAUCUGCUGUGGGAUCAGUGGGAUGGGACGUGCAUGGAAAGUGUUGAAGAUUUGUUCAAAUUUUGCAACUUAAAAGAAAAAGUGUUUUCUGGAUUUGGAUGCAGCAGGAAGGUAUUUGUGUAACUGAUCUGAGUGGGGGGUUCAUGUAAAUGUAAAUAAGAAAAACCCAAUGAAUGUUUUUCAUGUGUCAAGUUGUCUGUAUCAUAUACUUAUUUUUUAAAAAAGAAAAAGAUUUGUUGAAUAUGAAGUGGAGAGAAUAAUCCCCAUGUUUACAUUUAAUGUUGACAGAAAUGCGUUUCCAGUCAGCGGCGGUUUGACCUGCGACACACACGCCACACUGGCUUUUUCUUCAAAAUUAGCAACAUUUUAACAUGCGACUGUGAGAAAGAAAAAAAAAAAAUCAAAGCACUGCAGUGAAAUCUGGUAAGAGGGCGAGAUGGAGGGGGGGUGAAAGCCUGAGAUGGUUUGAGAGGCAACAGAUGGAUUAAAGAGUAACUCCAGGAGGGACAGAUGGCGCUGGAAGAGAAACUGGAGAAAAAAAA